AUGUUUCUCUCUAUUUCUCUUUCGCUUUCUCUCUCUCUCUCUCUCUCUCUCCCUCUCUCACUCACAUAUUCUCCCGCACUUCUCGCUUUUUAUGUUUCUCUUACUGUUUAUCUGUUUCUGUCUGACUCGUUCUCCCACAAACCUUCUCUCCUACUUCUAAUCGUUCCCCUUCCCUUUUUAACAGUCUCUGCCUGUUUAUUCCUAAUUCUCUCUCACAGACAAUUUCUUGCUCUCUCUCUUGCUUACUUUCAUUCUUUACAUUUAUGUCCCCCUCUAUCUCUAUCUCCCCUCACUCUCUCGCAAAAUACCACACUUUACCAUCCUGUUUCCCUUUGUCUCUAUCUCUCUCUUGAUGAUUUUCAUAUAUUUCAAUGUGAAAACUCUCCCUCUCUCCUUCGCUUACUUUUACUAUUUCACUAUUUACUCUCUCUUUCUUUUUCUGUUUUCUCUUUUGAGUACUUAUUCUCUUUCUGUUUGCUUCUCAUUCUCUUUGUUUCUCUCUCGCAUCCUCAGCUUCUUUUUCUGUGUUUCUCUUCCCCCCUCUUUCUGCUUCUCUUUCUCUCUCGUCUACUUAUAAAAUUUCUCCACCUGCUUCUCUCCCUUCUAUUUCUAUCUCUGUUUACAUCUAUCAUUCUCUCUUUCUCUUUCUCUUUCUCUUUCUCUCUCUCUCUCUUUCUCCUUCUCGCUUACUUUCAUUCUUUAGCUUUCUGCUCCUCUCUAUCUCUCUCGCCUACUUUCCCACUUUACUCGUCUGUAUUUCUCUCUCUGUUUCUCGGUUUCUAUGAUUCCUCUCUUUCUCCUUCUUUCUCUCUUUCUCCCUCUUUCUCUCUUUCUCCCUCUUUCUCUCCUUCUCUAUAUUUUCAUACACACACAUAUACAUACCUGUGUGCUGUAUUCAUUCUCUUCAUCCUCCUCCUCCUUCACCUCUUCUUUUUUCUUUCUUUCUUUCCUUUCUUGUCUUUCAUUCUUCUUCUUCUUCUUCUUCUGAUCAUUCCUUCUCGUCCUUCAUCCUUUUUCUUUUUUUUUUCUUUCUUUCUUUCUUUUUUCUUUUCUUUUCUUUUCUUUCUUUCUUCUUCUUCUUCUAAUUCUUCUUCUUCUUCCUCCUCCCUGAUCAUUCUUAGGCUCUUCUUCUCUUCAUCCUUCAUCCUUCUUUUUUUCUUUCUUUUUUCUUUCUUUCUUUUCUUUUCUUUCUUUCUUCUUCUUCUUCUUCUUCUUCUUCUUCUUCUUCUUCUUCUUUCAAUCUUCUCCUCUCUCAUCCUUCUUCUGCUUUCUUUCUUUUCUUCUUCCUUCUUCUUCUUCUUCUUCUUCUUCUUCUUCUUCAAUCUUCUACUCCUGAUCAUUCUUCUGCUCUUCUUUCUUCUCAUCCUUCCACCCCUUCCACCCCUUCUUCUUUUUCCCAAUCAAUCCGAGGGCUCCAACUACAACUGGAAUCAUUGA